AUGCUCGCAUUCAAUGGCUCAGUCUUCAUGCCUUCUGUGUUAACACUAGUUGGAAUCCCUGGCCUGGAGUCAGUGCAGUGUUGGAUCGGGAUUCCAUUCUGUGUCAUAUACAUCAUCGCCUUGAUGGGAAACUUCCUCAUUUUAGUUAUAAUCAAAAGUGAAAAGAGCCUCCAUAUACCCAUGUACAUUUUCUUGGCCAUGUUGGCAGCCACGGACAUCGCCCUUGACACGUGCAUUCUGCCGAAAAUGUUGGGCAUCUUCUGGUUUCAUCUGACACAGAUUUCUUUUGAUGCUUGCUUGCUGCAAAUGCAGCUCAUCCAUUCCUUCCAGGCAAUAGAAUCGGGCAUCCUGCUGGCCAUGGCCUUGGAUCGCUAUGUGGCCAUUUGCAACCCUUUAAGGCAUGCCACCAUCUUCUCUCAACAACUUAUGACUCACCUUGGACUUGGUGUGAUGCUCAGAGCAUUCAUUCUUGUAUUCCCACCCAUAUUGCUCAUCAAAAUCUGCCUGAAGCACUACCGGACCACCGUUAUCUCUCACUCUUACUGUGAACACAUGGCCAUUGUGAAACUGGCAGCUGAUGAUGUCCGAAUCAACAAGAUAUGUGGCCUAUUCAUUGCCUUCGCCAUCUUAGGGUUUGACAUAAUCUUCAUCACCUUCUCCUAUGUUCAGAUCUUCAUCACUGUCUUCCAGUUGCCCCAGAAGGAGGCACGAUUGAAAGCCUUCAACACCUGCAUUGCUCACAUCUGUGUCUUCCUGCAGUUCUACCUGCUGGCCUUCUUCUCCUUCUUCACACACAGGUUUGGUUCUCACAUCCCCUCCUACGUUCACAUCCUACUGUCAGAUCUUUACCUGUUAAUUCCCCCUUUCCUCAACCCCAUUGUCUAUGGUGUCAAAACUAAGCAAAUUCGUGAACAAGUCCUGAAAAUUCUUCUAUCCCGAAAACCUUCUUGA